AUGAUUAUUCUCGCUUUUUUAAAUUUUUGUAGCAUUAACUGCAUUCCUUUUAGCUUUACUGCAUAAAAUCCAUAUCUUCUUAUUGAAACUUUUAGUGAAACUUGGACAGAGAUGAAGAUAGAAGUAGCCGAAAAUUUUUUAAUUCAAAGUUCACUAUAGAAAAACUAUACUUAAUAUUUACAAAUGUAUUAUUUAGUUGAAGUUGGUAAGCAAUAUGAUUUAGACAUUUAUAUUUAUCCUGAAGACAAAUAUAAAAUUACUUAAGUAGAAACAAGGGAUUGUCCCAAUAAUUGCUCUUAAAAUGGUUUAUGUUAAAAGUUAGAAUGCCAAUGUUUUGAAUAAACAGCAGGGUAUGAAAUGGAUAUAUUAUUAUUAGGGAUAGAUGUUAAUAUUAAAUUGAGUCUAUUUAUGAUUAAAGUAUAUAUCAAUUCGAAAUGAUACCUUUUUAAAGUAAAAUCCUUGCUAUUUAUUUGCAAUAGAAUGAGAUUAUCGAUUAUUAGUAGUAUUAAUUUUUAUGAAAAUUGAGGUAGAUAAGAAACAUCAGGGUAGUAGCAAGUCCUUCAAUAAAUGUAACGAUUUAUUUUUUAUUUCCAUUUGAAAUACCUUACAAAUCAUUAAAAGAUAAUAAAUUAAUUUUUGAUGGAGUAAUUAAUCAUGAAGGAUAAGAGAUAGAUUUUUCUGAUAAGUUUGCAUCUUAUCAUAUAAAGACAGCUAAUUAUUCUUUCAUUUUUUUAUUCUAAAACCCUUACUUUUAAACAUUAAAUUUUUCACUUGAAUUUAUGAUGAUAGAUAAUGAUUCUUCAUUUUAAGAUUUCGUACUAGUUAUAAUAUUAAGCAUUGUUUCAUUUAUUAUCUUACUUGUUAUAAUCUAUAUAGUUAAAAAGCGAUGUUAAUAUAUGUAGGAGAAUAAAUAAAAAGGAAAUGAGACCUUGAAUUCAUAAAAAGGUUUAUUACAUUUAAUGGGAGUAGUGGAUCCAGCAAAAGAUCAAGAAUGCAUUAUAUGUUUAGAUUUGUUAGAUUAAAAGAAAUGUAGAAUAACACCAUGUAAACACACAUUACAUGAAGUUUGUUUAAAUUAAUGGUUAUAAAAAUAAUAAAAUUGUCCAAUCUGCAGAGAAGCGUUUGUUGAUGAAGAUGGCUAUCCAAAAUAUGUAAAAACUAGAAAUUAAACGACAACAUUUUUAAAUCAUCAAAUAUCAUAAUAUGGAAUUCAGUGA